CACAAGGACUGGGCAAGCCUCUGACUUCCGGUGGCGUUUUGAGGCGAUCCGGCUGGCGGCCUGGUAGUGUUUUCGUUUCCGUUUCUCACUUCUCAGCUUCUUGGUUCUGUUUUUUCCUACGUUCGGGGCUCGCUUGACCGGGCGAAGUGGCGAGCGACUUCCGCUUCUCAGCCGCCGCGGAGCCCCUCGCUCGCCGAGGCCGGUUCCCGGGAGCCGCGCGUGCACCUCCCUUCCUUGUCCUCCUCCCGGGCCCGGGCGCGGGACGCACUGUCGCCUCCCGCCGGCCCCGCUCCUCGGAGCGGAGGUGGCGGUGGCAUCUCGGAGCUGCGCUUGCGAAGGGAACUUGGGGAGGAGUAGUACAAAAUGUCAAAAAUUAGGAGGAAAGUCACAGUGGAAAAUACCAAGACUAUAUCUGAUAGCACAUCUCGAAGACCCAGUGUAUUUGAAAGACUUGGACCCAGCACUGGCAGUACAACAGAGACACAGUGCCGUAACUGGCUGAAGACUGGCAACUGCCUCUAUGGAAACACAUGCAGAUUUGUACAUGGCCCUUCACCUCGUGGAAAAGGUUACAGCAGCAAUUAUAGAAGGUCACCAGAAAGACCUACAGGGGAUCUCAGAGAACGAAUGAAGAACAAGCGCCAAGAUGUGGAUGGUGAGCCCCAGAAGCGAAAUACAGAGGAAUCAUCUUCACCUGUUAGGAAAGAAUCUUCAAGGGGGAGACACAGGGAAAAGGAAGAUAUUAAAAUCACCAAGGAGAGAACUCCGGAAAGUGAAGAAGAAAAUGUAGAAUGGGAAACGAAUAGAGAUGAUUCUGACAACGGGGAUAUUAAUUAUGAUUAUGUUCACGAGUUAUCAUUGGAAAUGAAGCGUCAGAAGAUACAGAGGGAAUUAAUGAAGUUGGAACAAGAAAAUAUGGAGAAGAGAGAAGAAAUUAUCAUUAAGAAGGAGGUUUCGCCAGAAGUGAUUAGAUCAAAAUUGUCGCCAUCACCUUCUUUAAGAAAAUCUAGCAAAUCUCCAAAGCGAAAAUCAAGCCCUAAGUCCUCUUCAGCUAGCAAGAAAGAUAGGAAGACAUCUACAGUAUCUUCUCCCCUGUUGGACCAGCAGAGGAAUUCAAAAAGCAGCCAAAGUAAAAAGAAAGGGCCACGUACUCCUAGUCCACCCCCUCCUAUACCAGAAGAUAUUGCUCUGGGGAAAAAAUAUAAAGAAAAAUAUAAAGUGAAAGAAAGAAUAGAAGAAAAACUGAGGGAUGCAAAAGACAGAGGACGGGAUUUUGAAAGGCAAAGAGAAAAGAGAGAAAAGCCAAGAUCUACUUCCCCGGCAGGACAGCAUCAUUCUCCUAUAUCUUCUAGGCAUCACUCAUCAUCUUCACAAUCAGGAUCAUCUAUUCAACGACAUUCUCCUUCUCCUCGCCGAAAAAGAACUCCUUCACCAUCCUAUCAACGGACGUUGACUCCAUCUUUACGACGUUCUGCUUCUCCUUAUCCUUCACAUUGUUUGUCUUCCCCUCAGAGAAAGCAAAGUCCUCCAAGACAUCGCUCUCCAAUGAGAGAGAAAGGGAGGCAUGACCAUGAGCGGACCUCACAGUCACAUGAUCGGCGUCAUGAAAGGAGGGAAGAAACUAGAGGCAAAAGGGAUCGAGAAAAGGACACAAGAGAGGAACGAGAGUAUGAACAGGAUCAGAGCUCUUCUAGAGACCACAGAGAUGACAGAGAACCUCGAGAUGGUCGGGACCGGAGAGAUACCAGAGAUGCUAGAGAACGCAGGGAACUGAGAGACUCCAGAGACCUCCGGGACUCUAGGGAGAUGAGGGAUUAUAGCAGAGAUACAAAAGAGAGCCGUGAUCCCAGAGACUCUCGGUCCACUCGUGAUGCCCACGAUUACCGGGACCGUGAAGGUCGAGAUACUCAUCGAAAGGAGGAGGUGUACCAGGAAGAAUCCCGGAGUUAUGGCAGAAACCACUUGAGAGAAGAAAGUUCUCGUACUGAAAUAAGAAAUGAUUCCAGAAAUGAGUCUCGGAGUGAAAUUAGGAAUGACCGGAUGGGCAGAAGUAGAGUGAGAGGUCCAGAGUUACCUGAAAAGGGAAGCCGGGGAACCAGAGGCUCUCAAAUUGAUAGUCACAGUAGUAGUGGCAACUAUCAUGACAGCUGGGAAACUCGAAGUAGCUACCCUGAGAGAGACAGAUAUCCGGAAAGAGACAGCAGAGAUCAAACAAGGGACUCUUCCUUCGAGAGAAGACAUGGGGAGAGAGACCGACGUGACAACAGAGAAAGAGAUCAAAGACCAAGCUCACCAGUUCGACAUCAGGGAAGGAAUGACGAGCUUGAGCGUGAUGAAAGAAGAGAGGAACGAAGAGUAGACAGAGUGGAUGAUAGAAGAGAUGAAAGGGCUAGAGAAAGAGAUAGAGAACGAGAGCGAGACAGGGAACGGGAGAGAGAGCGGGAGCGGGAAAGAGAAAAAGAAAGAGAACUAGAAAGAGAGCGAGCCAGAGAGCGGGAGAGGGAAAGAGAAAGAGAAAAAGAGAGAGACCGUGAAAGGGAGAGAGAUCGUGACCAUGACCGAGAAAGGGAAAGAGAGAGAGAACGAGAGAGGGAAAAAGAACGAGAGCGAGAGAGAGAAGAAAGGGAGAGAGAACGAGAACGGGAAAGAGAGAGAGAACGGGAACGAGAAAGAGCAAGGGAAAGGGAGAAAGAACGAGAGCGUCAGCGGGAUUGGGAAGAAAAGGACAAGGGACGAGAUGACCGCAGAGAAAAGCGAGAAGAUAUGCGAGAAGAUCGAAACCCAAGAGAUGGACAUGAUGAAAGAAAAUCAAAGAAGCGCUAUAGAAAUGAAGGGAGUCCCAGCCCUCGGCAGUCACCUAAGCGCCGGCGUGAACAUUCUCCUGACAGUGACACUUACAACAGUGGAGAUGAUAAAAAUGAAAAACAUAGGCUCUUGAGCCAGGUUGUCCGACCACAAGAAUCUCGUUCUCUCAGCCCGUCACACCUCACAGAAGACAGGCAAGGAAGAUGGAAAGAGGAGGACCGUAAACUGGAAAGAAAAGAGAGUUCAAGGCGCUAUGAGGAGCAAGAACUCAAAGAGAAAGUUUCUUCUGUAGAUAAACAGAGGGAACAGGCAGAACUUUUAGAAAGCUCAAGAGCACGUGUACAAGACAUGGUGGGCCACCACCAGUGUGAAGAUCGUGAUAUGUCUGAUCGAGCUCAUGAUGAAAAUAAGAAAAAAGCAAAACUUCAGAAGAAACCUAUCAAGAAAAAGAAAGAGGACGAUAUUGGGAUAGAGAGAGGUAAUAUUGAGACAAUAUCUGAAGAUGCUCAAGUCUUUUCACCAAAAAAAGGACUGAAGAAGAAAAAUAUUGAAAAAAAACAUAAAAGAUCCAAAGGUGAUUCUGAUAUUUCUGAUGAAGAAGCAGUUCAGCAAAGUAAAAAGAAAAGGGGCCCACGGACUCCGCCUAUGACAACCAAAGAGGAACUGAUUGAAAUUUCCAGUGGUAAAGAUGGCACACCAGAGGAUCCCCAGAAGAAAGAAGAUACAGCCUUUAGUGACUGGUCUGAUGAAGAUGUGCCUGACCGGACAGAGAUGGCAGAACCAGAGCGUGCUGCCACUGCUGCUACUCCUGGUAGCACCCCUUCUCCUCUGUCUUCUCUUCUCCCUCCUCCACCUCCUGCUGCUGCUGCCCUUGCCUCUGUUACAGCUGCCACCACCUGUGGUGCCAUGCCCACCUCUGCCACCUCCAUCAACAGCAGCAAUGCUCCUUUUGCCAGUGAAGACUCACAUAGAAAAUGCCACAGAACACGGGUGGAGAAAGUAGAGGCACCUCACAUGACUAUGGAAGAUACACCACAUCGCAAGCCGCUGGAUCAAAAGAGGAGCAGCAGCCUUGGGAGCAAUCGGAGUAAUCGUAGUCACACCUCUGGUCGCUUGCGCUCUCCGUCCAACGAUUCUGCCCAUCGGAGUGGGGAUGACCAAGGUAGUCGGAAGAGAGUGCUACAUAGUGGCUCAAGAGAUAGAGAAAAAACAAAAAGCCUGGAAAUCACGGGAGAGAGAAAAUCUAGGAUUGAUCAGUUAAAGCGUGGAGAACCCAACCGAAGUACUUCUUCAGAUCGCCAGGAUUCACGAAGCCAUAGUUCAAGAAGAAGUUCUCCUGAGUCAGAUCGGCAAGUCCAUUCAAGAUCUGGGUCGUUUGACAGCAGAGAUAGACUUCAAGAACGAGAUCGAUAUGAACAUGAUAGAGAGCGGGAGAGAGAGAGGAGAGACACAAGGCCAAGAGAUUGGGACCGAGAAACUGAUAAAGAUUGGUCAAGGACCAGAGAUCGUGAUAGAUUGCGGGAACGAGAGAGAGACCGAGACAAACGGAGAGACUUGGACAGGGAGAGAGAGAGACUAAUUCCUGAUUCUCUUGACAGAGACAGAGAAAGAGAAAGAACUUUUGAGAGUUCUUCUCAAAUAGAGUCUAUGAAACGCAGUGAAUUAAAAUUGGAUAAUGAACAUGAAAGAGACCUAGAGGGCUCUUCCCGAGACUCUCUAGCCUUGGAUAAAGAAAGAAUGGAUAAAGAUCUGGGGUCUGCACAGGGAUAUGAAGAUCUGAGUAAAGCUGAGAGAACUGAGAGUGUGGAAGCAGGAGAUGACGAAUCCAAAUUAGAUGAUGUACAUUCAUUAGGCUCUGGUGCUGGAGAAGGGUAUGAACCAAUCAGCGAUGAUGAAUUGGAUGAAAUUCUGGCAGGAGAUGUGGAAAAGAGAGAGGACCAACAGGACGAGGAGAAGAUGCCAGAUCCAUUAGAUGUGAUAGAUGUGGAUUGGUCUGGUCUUAUGCCAAAGCAUCCAAAAGAACCACGAGAACCUGGGGCUGCACUCUUAAAAUUCACUCCUGGAGCUAUUAUGCUGAGGGUUGGAAUUUCUAAAAAGUUGGCUGGUUCUGAGCUCUUUACCAAAGUAAAAGAAACAUGUCAGAGACUGUUAGAAAAACCCAAAGAUACUGACAGUCUCUUUGAACAUGAGUUGGGGGCUCUCAAUAUGGCUGCAUUGCUACGGAAAGAAGAAAGAGCAAAUCUUCUUAGUAAUCUCGGCCCGUGCUGUAAAGCACUAUGCUUCAGACGAGAUUCUGCAAUCCGGAAGCAGCUGGUUAGAAACGAGAAGGGUGCUGUAAAACACGCUUACACAACUGCUCCAAUGGUAGACAAUGAAUUACUACGACUGAGCCUUCGGUUAUUUAAGCGGAAGACUACUUGCCAUGCCCCAGGACAUGAAAAGACUGAAGAGAAUAGAAUAUCACAGUCCAGUAUGCAACAGGAACUGUGUGUGUCCUAGACUGGAGUCCUGCAUGAUACUUUGGUUACUAUCUUCCUUCAGCAGUGCAUAUUCUUUUUCCAAGUUCUUUAGUUUGACAGACAUUAUUAGUGACAAGACAGAAAAGAUUUGUCACUAUGCUAAAAGAGUGAAGAACAUUGAUCUUUAGAGACACUAGUUUUGGCUAACUUAAGAUUUUACAUUAAUUUUUAUACAUACUUAAUACUCAUGUAAAAUAAUGUGAAACCAUCUAGAUUUAAUAGUUGCGUCUGUUCUCUGCUUUUUGUUAAAUCUGAACAUUUUGGAAAACCUCGUCACUGCUCUUCCAGCCUAUAAAUAUUUUUUAUGGAAUGGAACCACUGAUUUAUAUUCUGGAUCAUCCAUACAGAAACAAUGAUUUUAAUCAAAAACAAUGUGUUCAUCAAAAUAAUUGCACACAUUGUGCAACACCAUGUUGAACAGAACAUUUGAAAGGGAAUGCUGGUCUAGUAUAGUCUAUUUGUAGGUAUAUCUCCAGCAGGAGGGAGCGGAAAUAUUUUUUUAAAGUUCUAAAAAAAAUUACUUCAUGAGUCUUCGAUUUUUUUUUUAAGUGUAUGUGUAUUGUUAUGGUGUAUAUUGAUGUUUUUGUGGUAUGAAUACUUUCUUGUUUGUUAUCAAAGACUGUAUCAUUUUUAUUUUUAAUAAACAUACCUUCCCUUUCCUUGUUCAAGAUUUACGUACUUUGCUCUUCAUUAGUCAUAUUCCUAAUGUUCUGAAGCAUUUAUCAUCGACAUUACAGUUUCCUGCUUCAGGCACUCUCCUGCUUGUUUCAUCAUUAUUGAACUGCUUGCUGUACAUACUGUGACACAUGUUGAGGAUGUGCUUCAAAUAUAGUCAAUAAUUACUGGCAGCAAACCAGUAGUUAACAUACCUAUAUAACUGAUGAGGUUUAUAAUCCUACCAUUAUAUUGUUCAGUACUAUAACCAUUAAUUACAUUGAACAGCAUUAAUCCUGUACGAUGUAAAACAGAAAACAGCUUUACUUUUUUAAAAAAGUACAGUAUAUCUUACUUGUUCUCUACAUGUUAAUUUGUAAAGUGGACGUACGAAUUGGAAAUGGGCUGCAACCUGCAGAAUUUGUGGGCAGCCUGAAGUAAUGAUAAUAAAGAAAAAUCAAAAUUUUAAUUUGAUCAUGGCCUUUUAGAGUUUUGGUAAAGUGUAAGCCUAUACUACCAAUGUCUGUAAUUUUGUGUCCUCUUCUCUAAAGGUUACAUAAUAAGACUUAGGCGUGUCUUCAAGAAACAUUCGUUGUGCAGUUAAUUUGUAUCCAGUAAAGGAAAUAAUCUUAUUUUCAAAUGACUUUGAAAUCAUGUAAAAGAAAUUUGCAAGCAGAACAGAAAACAAAAAGUAAUCACAUUUUCUGGCAUCUUUUCCUUUAUUAAAUGUUUUGAAUAAAGAAAAUGAAAUUCUUAUUCCAGAGAAUGAAUGCCCUUUAUGAAACUAGUUCCUGAUUAAAGUGGAUGAAGUUAUUUUCUGCAGCAUAAAGGUUUAAAGUAGAAACAUUUUUUAAAUUUAAUUUUUAAAUUCCUACAAUAUUCUUUCCACCCCGUACAGUUUCAGAAUAUGACAAAAGUAAUUGUUUACCCAUUUGUUCACUAAUGUCAUAUUUCAAAAGUUACUUACAGAAUAAAAAUUACAGUUGUAUUUGCAA